AGUCAUGGCGUUUAGAGAAGAACUUAACUUGCCCGUCGAAUAUCACACACACCACCAAAACCUGAUGUAGGUACAAAGCUAUAAAAGUGUGGCCACAUAUGUCCGCGCUCAGCUCUCCACGUCCAGUCGGCCGAGGACUCCGACAAUGAAGGCAGAGAAGUUCACCUCCUCGCCAAAGUGCAACAGCCGCCCAAUGGAGCCCAAACCAGUGACUGACUCCGAGGACUGAGAAAGUGAGGAUAAAAUGAAAACAAAUGGCAGCCGCUUAACGAACACUUCUGCUUCGCUGGCCCCCUCUGAGCUCACACUCACGCGUCCUCCGUGGGUUUCUACAACUUUGGGGAGCGUCCUGAUAUUCACCAUCAUUGUCGACAUACUGGGCAACCUGCUGGUGAUUUUCUCCGUGUACAGGAAUAAGAAGCUGAGGAACGCAGGGAACAUAUUUGUGGUGAGCCUGGCAGUAGCUGACCUAGUGGUGGCUGUUUACCCCUACCCCCUGGUGCUGAUGUCCAUUUUCCACAAUGGAUGGAACUUGGGCUUUGUCCACUGCCAAAUCAGUGGGUUCCUGAUGGGACUGAGCGUCAUCGGAUCUAUAUUUAACAUCACUGGCAUCGCGAUCAACCGCUAUUGUUACAUUUGUCACAGCCUCAAGUAUGAUAAGCUGUACAGUGAUAAAAACUCCCUCUGCUAUGUGCUUCUUAUCUGGAUACUGACUGUGGUGGCUAUAGUGCCAAACUUCUUUGUGGGCUCGCUACAGUAUGACCCAAGAGUGUACUCAUGCACGUUUGCGCAGUCAGCCAGUUCAGCCUACACCAUCGCCGUGGUCUUCUUCCAUUUCAUCCUGCCCAUCUUGAUCGUCACCUACUGCUACUUGAGGAUUUGGAUCUUGGUCAUCCAGGUGCGGCGGCGCGUCAAGCCCGAGUUCCGGCCCAAGCUGACGCCGCAUGACGUCAGGAACUUCGUCACCAUGUUCGUGGUGUUUGUGCUUUUCGCUGUCUGCUGGGCUCCCCUCAACUUCAUUGGCCUGGCCGUUGCUGUGGACCCCGUGCGGGUGGCGCCGCUCAUCCCUGAGUGGUUUUUUGUAUCAAGUUACUUCAUGGCCUACUUCAACAGCUGCCUUAAUGCAAUCGUAUAUGGACUGCUCAAUCAGAACUUCAGAAGAGAGUACAAAAAAAUCAUCGUGUCAUUUUGCACUGCUAGGAUGUUCUUCCCGGAAAGCUCGAACGAAGGUGUUGACAGGAUCAAAAGCAAGCCAUCCCCUUUAAUGACAAACAAUAACCAAGUGAAAGUAGACUCGGUAUGAAAGCUCUAGAAGGCUUGGGACACUGUGAACCAGAAAUAUGCCAAAUACCCAUCUCAGUAAGCUCCAGAUAAAGAGUAAGCCACAGUAAACAAUGCUGUACAGUGAUAAAAGUAUAAACAGUAUAUUCAAACAUACAGGGGUGCAGAUUGUUUUUGCCAAUAUUAUGUCUCAGUGUUUACAAUAUUUCAUAAUGAAGGAGAUGUAUUUAUUUUAUUUGUGACAUUUGGCAGUUUUGCAAAAGAGAUGUGCUUAUAAUGCCAUCAACUCUUGUUCAUAUGUUGAAGUGGACAUUAAGCUGAAGAAACAUCUAUUUAAGCACAUAUCCUCAAUAUGCAUUUGACAAAGUGAUUUGAUUUGUUGACUUAACUCAGAAUUUGACUCAGGCGCCUUCCUGUUUCGCCUUCCUGGUUCUGCUCACAGUCUUAAAAAGGCUCUCUGUAGCACACACCAAAACAGUUUUUAACAGAGUGAGCUGUAAAUCCAGAGACGGUGUGUUUCGGCGACAAAGCUUCAGAGCUUACCAGCAAAAGUUUGGUCAUACAACCGUUGCGCCAACAAGAAAGUGUUGCUUUGUUAAAUGCAAAUAUUUUACGGCUCUAGUGGCAGACUGUCCAUUACACAGACGUCAUAUAUUUUGUUUGUUUUUGAAGGGUUACUUCUAAAUUUGUAUAACCAUAUCAUAUGUAUCAUGUUAUAUAUUAAUAAAAUGACAGAAUGCUCCAAGUAAAA